GAUUCCCUAUACUCGUUAAUCAUAUCAAACAAAAAGUUUGGUGGUGUUAUUCACUGCCAUGGUCGUUCUCCUAGCCACGCAGGCAAGCAUCACACAGCAAACAAUCAAUACGAUCAUAAGUUUUUGUUUGUUUUCCACUGGCAGGUACAGCAAAACUCUCUAACAAAGCUGUGGGCUGGGUAAAAAUCUACUGAGAGUGAAUCCAUUUCUGUGCUGUGCUGCAUUGGACUCGAGGUAUAUAUAUUUUGGCACGACCACCUCAAAUUUCAUUAUCAAAAUCAUCAACAUCAACAUCAAACAUUCUCAUACAAUUCCUCAACUUCAAAGAUCACAGUUUAAUACCACUUCCAUUUUCUCUUCUUUUAUUACAUCAAUUGAAUAUCUUAACUACCCGAAGAAUACCAAAUAUCACAAUGUUUUUCAAGGCUUCCACAAUCGCUUUCAUUGCCGCCAUCGGCUUUGCAUCUGCUGCACCUACACCAGCCGGUGAAUCCUCCUUCGUGCCAACAUUAAGUGCUGAUUCCGAUGACUGCACGAUCGUGUGGCCUGGGGUUUUAGAGUACAUCUGGGAAAACACUCCUCAGCAUAUCGCUUACAAUACACUACCCGAAGGUUAUUUUGGAAUGGGUGCAACUUGGAACGGAACAGCAUGGACCUCACGCCAAUACACUUAUGCAUCAUUUGAACUUCCAGAUGAUGCACAAAACUGUGAACUCUGGUCUUCCUUCCCUGCGAGUACAGACGACUAUGAGGUCAUUACUGGCCCAUUGGACCCACAAGUCGAAGUUUUUGGCCCAUCUAUCCCUCUCGAUUCCACUGACCUUACGUAUUGGGAUGUUUUCCCUGUCAAUGGCAAGCCCAAUGUAGAAGUGUUUACAUCUAACACCUUAAAUCAUGGCCAGGAGACUUUCAUCGGUACUUUUGACUGCUCUUCGCAGGCUCAGUUCUUGAUGGGUAUUGCCAACUUACCCGACCCAAGCGAAUCUGUCUAUGAUAUCUACCAAUUCCGUGUCAACAACACUGCUUCUAGAAACUACGGCUUAUACGUAGCAUACGGCUCCGAUACUUGCCAGCUAUGAUUCUCAUAGAAGACAUUGCAUUUGGCAUGUGAUUAACGACGGAGAGGGGUACAGACGGGGAAAGGUUGGGGUGGUUCUUAAUGUUCGGGUUUAAGAUUUAUGGUUGUGAGCAUGGUGGCAAAACAUACACAUUUCUUUUUUUGGAUGCAUAUGCAUAGCGAUGGUUGGUUUUAGUCACUCUUUUUUAGUACUUUUGGUUUCGAGCAUACCGAGGGCAGCAUUGUCGGGAUAUGGAAGACUCACAUUCAUUACGAUCAUGAUAGGAGAGAAGAUUGCAUGGUUAUGGCAUGUGGAUAGAUGAUAGACAUGAAGCUCCUUAUACAGGAAAAUAUCUAAACAAUGAUAGAUUCGCAUCACA